AUGAAUGAGACGAAUGUGGUUGCGAAGUCGGAGUCGGAUGAGGAAGAAAAUAUUGCACAAAGGCGAAGGCGAAGGGGCCCUAGGGAUAACCUUAACCCAUAUCAGAGGAGGAUGUUGAGGAUGGGUCAAGGCGGUGUUAAUGCUGAGGUUGGUGGGCAAAAAGGGGAAAGAAGUGGUGAUGUUGGUGAUGGAGGAAGUGAGGAACAUGGAUAUGUUGGUGGGAAGGGAGUUGGAGGAAGUGAGGAGGAGCAUGAAAAUGAAGAGGGAGAUGGGCAGGAGGAGGAGGAGCAGGGAGCUAGGGUGGAGGAAGAAGAGGAGAGGCAGGAAGAAGGAGAGAGGGUGGAGGGGCAGCAAGAAGGGGAGAGGCAGGAAGAAGAAGGAGAGAGGGUGGAGGGGCGGGAAGAAGAGGAGAGGCAGGGAGAAGAAGGAGAGAGGGUGGAGGGGCAGCAAGAAGGUGGAGAGAGGCUAGAAGGGCAGCAAGAAGAAGGAGAGAGGGUGGAGGGGCAGCAAGAAGGGGGAGAGAGGGUGGAGGGGCAGCAAGAGGGGGAGAGGCAGGAAGAAGAAGGAGAGAGGGUGGAGGGGCUAGAAGAAGAGGAGAGGUUAACCGUUGGGUUAGGUGAUGACACAUUCGAUGAGAUAAACAAGUCAAGAUAUGAGUGGGCGUCGUGUACGUUUAAGUCGAGGCGGAUUGAUAGUCAUGAGAAACUUGGUGACAACAUAAGUGGUGAUAAGAGUUGCCAUGGUAAUGAGGAGGUUUCGGGAUCGGUGUCACAAACAACAGAGUUGUCACAAACAUCGGUAGGGAGUAAAGGUAAUAAGAGUAGGAGUAGGAAGCGUAGGUGUACGAGGCCAAGUGUGAAGUUAAGGGAAAAGGACUUCGUGGUUGAGAUGGUACCGAGGUCGUACCCGAACUACAUGGCGAGAAUAUUGAGACUUGUAGCUGAGUAUGACACGUUCGAGGCUCAGGAUCACCAUCCUGAAUCUUUGGUGUUGGUGAAAUGUGGUGAUUACACAGCAUCAUUGAGCGACUGUUAUACAGUUCUAAAUCCGAAUGUGGAAUUGGCUACAAAAUAUGUUAGUGUUGUUGGAGCUAUGUACACACGAUUGUGGGCAAAGAAAUUGUUGAUGCAAGCUUAUGAUACUUGA